ACUAGUAGAAAGUAUCCAUCACAUUAUAGAGGUAUCCAGCCAUUAAACAUGUCAGGUUUAGAGCAAUCCUUGUUCCAAUUAAAAUUUACAUCCAAACAGUUGAGCAGACAGGCUGCUAAAGCAGCCAAGGAAGAGACUCAAGAAAAGGCUAAAAUCAAGAAGGCGUUGGUCCAGGGAAACAACGACAUUGCCCAGCUCUAUGCCCAGAACGCUAUUCGUAAGGCCAACGAGCGUGUCAAUCUCUUGAGAUUGGCUUCUAGGAUUGAUGCAGUUGCUCUGAGGGUCCAGACUGCAGUUACCAUGAGAUCGGUCACUGGGAACAUGGGUCAGGUUAUAAGAGGUAUGGAUAAAGCUUUACAAACAAUGAACUUGGAACGUAUCUCCUUAGUUAUGGAUAAGUUUGAAACUCAAUUUGAAGAUUUGGAUGCAUCUACCAACUAUUACGAAGCUACUACUAAUAACGUUAAUGCAUUGACUACCCCUCAAGAUCAAGUUGAUGAAUUAUUGAGUCAAGUUGCCGAUGAAGCUGGUAUUGAAAUGAAACAAGGAUUGAACGAAACUCAAGUGGAAAUCAAUGCUCCGGUAGCAAACACUGUAUCUGAAGAAAAAGAAGAUAAAUUGGCUGAACGAUUAAGAGCUUUAAGAAACUAAAGUUGCAUGUACAAGGAGAUAUAUAAAUAGAUUCUUGUUUUAUGAUGUUGUAUUUUGAUAAUGUACAAAAAAAAGAUUAAUUAAAGAUGCUAGAACAAUAUUAAAAAAUGGAAAAAUCUAGUGUUAAAUAGUAAUGUAAGUGCCACACCUUAUUCUCUGACAGUAAUUAAGUUUCUAUUAUUUGCAGCUGAUCUACCACUGGUUCUAGUGGCCGUGGUACCUCGACUGGACAUUCUCUUUCUAUUCAUGAAUUCUUCUUGUCUAAUGACGAACGUGACAAUAUUAACAAAAUUUUGGAAUCCCUUGUCAUUACCCUUAAUUUUAAUAAUAUGUAAACUGGAACUUUGAGCAAAAGUAAUAACUUCAAUAGUGAAUUUCAAUUUCCUGCCACUGGAAUACUUUGCGGGUAUAACUCCAGAAAUCAUUCCAAACUCUUCAUCAAUAGUAACCGUGGAAAUUGAUCCUUCUAAUUUCUUUAAUUCUAAUUGAUUUUUAAUGACUUGCAUCAAUUCAUCUGAUGAGAGUGAAGAAUCGACAACCUCAAUAUCUUUAGGAGCGUGUUUAGGUGUGCUUUCAAUCUUCUUUGAUCCACCAGUUAAAGAUUGGAAGAAUCUCUUAAACCAAUUGCUCUUUGUCUUCUCUUCGGUAUUGACAGAAAUCCACGAGAAUCUAUUAGACUUGGUGGUAGUUUCCUCUGAUACUGGUGGUUUAGGAGCUGCUCUUUUUGGAUAUAAUGACAUUCUCUUAUAUCUAGGAACUCGCAGUGGCAGCUCUUCUCUGAUCAUAACACCGGGAGAAGUAGUUGGGACUAUUGUGUCAUACUGCUGCAAAGAUGUGCUUGAAAUGAAUUCUUUCUUUUCGCUAAUUGAAACUCUCUUAGUUUGCUUACUAGAUUCUUCAGCUUGGACAGACAUCCGCUUCUCUUCUCGUUGUUGGAACGUGUUCACCGGUUCAAGUUCAUUGUCAUCAUCACAGUCCUCCUCUUCAUCAUCAACAUAAUCAUCGUCUUCUUCUUCUUCUUCUUGAACAUAUCUCUCUGAUAACUCAACUCUUGGACUUCUAGGAAUACCACUUGUGCUGAAAAUACCAGUAGAGAGUCUUGCAUUCAACAAACCACUUUCAUUAUCAUUGAAAGCAGUAUCAUCCACAACCAGCUCAUCAAUGAUUCCAGUAACUUCAGGAACUGAAAAAUUGCGGUCAAAUCCAGUAGUAUUUGCUGCAACAAAAGAAGAGUUCUUAUCAGUAAGAUCUUCAUAGCUUUCAUACAAACGAAUGGUAGUAUCUUCAUGCAUUCCAGUGUCGGAGUCAUGUUUCUUCAAGAUCAAAGUUUCCUUGGAAUUAACAAUACUAUGACCAGAAUCAAAUCGAGGGAUAACUUGAGGUGGAGGCUGCUUUGAUGCUGACUCUUCUAUGGAGAAUUCUGUAUCAACAGUACUUGAAUCAGAUAAUAAUUCGUCAUCUGCAUCGUCAUUUGAAUAUCUUCUAGUAUUCUUGGACUCUUCUGAAGAAGAUGAAACAUUCACUUGCUUUUGGUUGAUUUGUGAUUGUUGUUGUUGUUGUUCAGGUUGUUCUUGGUCACGAACC